UUAAUAGAGAAAGUAUGCAAUGCAUACUGCUCUGGUGCAACCCCCCACUAUACUGCAUCUGGGGUAUUCGUGACUGGACGUCUGGGGGAUCACACACAUUUCCGAUUAGGAAGGAGAGAGAGAGCAAGAGAGAGAGAGAGAGAGAGAGAGAGAGAGGGAGAGAGAAGCAGAGAGAGAGAGGGAGAGAGGGUAAGAUUACCAUUUCAAUCCAGCCAAUGAGACAGGCGAUACAUUAAGAUUUUCAUAGUUGUGCAGGAGCACAAAGUGAGCGGAGUGUGUGUGAACUUCCAGGUAAAGCUGCAAACCGACCUAAGCCCCAGAGGCCACUGCUCCAGGCUUUGAUGCCAACACCCUCUAAAGCAGGUGGACAGACGCAGGAAUGAGCGACCGUGGGACCAAAGAGCCAUCUCCUCAGUCGAGCACAGCCCAGUCGCCUGAGGAGCCCCAGCGCAGGGGUCGGGGUCGACCUCGGAAACAGCAGCAGGAGCCCGUUGGACCACCGACCCCAAAGAGGCCGAGAGGACGACCAAAAGGCAGCAAGAGCAAAGGCCCCAGAACUGCACUGAAGAAAGUAGAGCCUGUUGGGCAGAGGCGACCACGAGGGCGACCGAGAAAAUGGCCCCGGAAAGUUGUUCCAGAAGUGACUGAAGAGCAGCAGGGCCCUUCGGAGGAGGCCGAGGAGGGCCACUCAUCUCAGGUGCCUGCUCAGGAGGAAUCGGAGUAGAUGGGAUCCCUCUCUACCUACCUCAGUGUUUGGCCUCAAGCAAACAGGGGUACAAUCUGACUCCCUAUCUGUGAUGGGAAAUCAGGAACACACACACUUACACACACUCACACCCAAAAAAGAAAAUCCUCACAGACAGCAGUUUCCUCUCUUGAUCUAAACAGCACCAUGGAUUUGUUGUUGCUUUGGGUAUCUGAUAAUUUGAGCCUUUGUAAAGGCAUGGUUCCAGCUUUUGGGAAAAGUAUUUGUAGAGUUGCUGAAUAUUAAGGAACUUUGUAUUUUAUAUAUAGACAGGAGCCAAAAAGUAAAAUAAAAAUGUACGCUUCCUGUCUUGUGACAGCAUGAAUGUGCCUUUUAAAAUACAGCAAAGUGAAAUAGCACAGGUUCUCAAACAUACAGCACCCUCCAUAGUUAUUAGUAAAAGAAAUUCAACAGAAUAACAUUAAAGUAAAAAACAACAAUAACCCUUUCAACCCUCCUCACUGUGUGGUGACAAGAUACAUUUGGCUUAGAGUCCAGUUUUAUUUGUCACAACUCCAGUGCUUUAAAAUAUUAAAAUUUCAUUUUGGAACUAAGUAUUUCAGCUAUUUUCUUGCUUCUACGUCCAUUUACAAUUAUCAACAUACCUUAAUUGAUUGACAUGUUCUCUUCUUUUUCUGUUUUGAAUGGAUGGCUAAAAGAAAUGGGCCUCUUUAAUGAAGUACUAUAAGUUAGUAAUUAACAUUACUUAAAAAGUAAAUCAUUCAAUAAAAUUAUAUUACAAAAUAUCCAGAGGGUUAUUUUGUUAAAAACAAUUAUUUUCUACCAUAAGAGGUAUUUUUUUCCAGACUAAAUAAAUAUAGUCAAAUUAAAAGUUGUAUUUUUCUAAAUUGUUUGAUAUUAUGAGAUUAUGCUUCUGCAAUAAAAGAUAGUUUAAUUAUUUAUAAAGAUGGAGGACAGUGUGUAUAUAACUAGAGAUGCACUAAUUAAUCAAUCAGCGAUCAAUCUCAGCCAAUUUUCCUAUAAUCGGCUCUGAUCAGAUCAGAAGGCCUCAUGAGAUUUAUUUUAUUUACUAUUCAGUCCUUUAGGUUUGACGCUUAAUGCUUUAAUGGAUGAUUCCCUCAGUCAUUGUUGGAUUGUUUAAAAAAGCUACUACAUAUUUCUAUUUCUUGAUUUAUUAUAUUCUUUAGUUAAAAAAAAAUGCAAUCAGUCAAAAAUCAAAGCAAACCGAAUUAAUCGGUAUCAGGAAAAGCCAGAUGUGUGGAUCUCUGAAUAUGAGUUCUAUGUCAAAUUUCUAAUAAAUGUUUAAGUUCCUCCUGUGCCUUCUAGCUCUAUAUCAAGCUAUCAGCUCAAAGGUAUGGAAUAAUUAGUGGUUUAAUACCCCACUAACUAAAUGCACCCAAUUUAACCUUUAUGUCUUACAUGUAAAAGAUAAUUAAAAAAAAAAAUGUAAUCAUCUGGAUUGCAAAUUUUUAAACGCAUCUAAUGUAAUCUUUUCUCUUGCAUUUUUUAAGACCCAAAAGAAUGCUUCUCCCUUAAAGUGGAACUAUUCCUUUAUUUUGCCAGCUGUCCUGAGCGUCUCAGUGAGAUUUUUUGCACGUGUGGGAACGCAUGUCUGUAUGUUUUGUGCUUGUAUGGAGAGAGAGACGCAGAGAAAGACAAAAAGAAAGAGGCAGAAUUUUUAAAAAAAGGACAAAAGGAACCAAACUGAACCGGGUUUCAGCACAUUUCCUGUCAGCUGUUUUAAACUUGAUGUUUUUAAACCAAUGUGACAACAUAAUCAUGGCAAGCUGAAUUCAUUUUUGUGAAAGCUGGUGUGAUUUCAAAUUGAAAUAUCCAUUUUCAGAGGUCAUUUCUUAACCUCAGCUGAGUAAAUCCUUCCAAGCAGAAAGUGACUGAUUUAAAUCCAAAGGUUGAAAUGGAUAUUUCAUUUUGGAACAAAAAAGAAAUAACUAAAACAAAACCUUCAAAAAUACUUGAGUCAACCGCAGUGUUGAGGCGUCAUUUUUACCACUCUCAGGAUUUCACUUUUUUAACAGUGCUCUUAUGUCAUUUAUGAAAACCUCAGGUACAUAUCUAUUCAGGAACAUGAUAUCUACUCAGUAAUAAUUGUGGUGCUGUGUUUGUUGUGCGAUUCUGAUCUGUAUUUGACAUUACCAGUAUGCCUUGACUCAAAGACCUCAUGUAAAAACCUCAGUCAGCCUCAGCUUCUUGAUCUCUCAUUCUACCUCAGCGACACAAAAACACAGAAGAUCCUCCUGCAAAGUUAUCCUUCACUCCCUCAGAAGUGAUACUGUAUACGCAAAAACACACACACACACACACACAACCACAGGCAGGUGCACCAAUGCAAAUAAACAAGUUUCAGGGCUAAAUGUCAACAAACCAACAAAUACACACAAGUAACAAAAGGAUGUCACACUCCAGCGGAGGUGUACAGAUAAAGUAUCAAUAUCAUUUCAUAAAAAUAACUGUAUCUGAUUAAAAAAAAAAAAAAGAAAAGAAAAA